AUGGAUGACAAUGAUUUGAGUAAACCAUUCAAAGUACAGUUUGUCGGUGAGCCAGCAGUAGACCAUGGUGGACCAUCAAGAGAGUUCUUUUCACUUAUUAACCAACACAUGCAGAGGUCAAUGCUAUAUGGCUCAACCUUUCGUCACAAUGUUAUAUCGCUUCAAAAAGAAGAGUUUAUGAAAUGUGGUCAGCUUGCAGCAAAAGGUUUGCUUCAAGGAUCUGCUGGUCCAAAAUGUUUUGGAAAGACUGUCACUGACUAUAUCCUCUAUGGCAAUGUCCAAUGUUUGGAUCCAACGUUUGAUGAAGUACCUCCUGGUGAAAUGAAGGAUUCUAUGGAAAGGCUAGAUGGAAUUCAAGACGCCGAGGAAUUUAAAUCUGAGGCGUCGUUCAACAGCGAUUUCCGAUUUAGCCAUGGUUAUACAAAGCCGUUCGUGACCAUAGAAGACAAAGAUGAAUUUAUAAAGGCUAUUGCAUUGCAUGCAAUUAUUUAUACUUCUCUACCGGAACUGAAUCAGUUUAUUGAUGGACUGAAAACGUGUGGUAUCCUUGAUUUAGUAAGAAGCAACCCAGAGCAGUUCAGAGCAGUCUUCCAGUACGGCAAAUCGAUUUUAACAGCUGGUUUGCUUGACGACAUUUUCCAUCCAUUGCUCAGCCCAGAGGGAAGCAACAAACGAGCUAAAGAAGAACGCAUUGUGUUCAACUUCAACCAGAUGCUAGAAAAUGUUGAAAAGGGAAAGGUUGUAGAGGAAUUGAGUGAAACUGAAGUAACUAUUAACUUGUCACAUAUUUUAAUGUUUGCAACCGGUGCUUCUGAAAUACCAGCGAUUGGGCUGAUACCACGUCCAUCAAUUCGGUUUGACCACAAUACACGUGAGGAACGAAAGCUGUCUGUUAGUACCUGUGCUAAUAUACUAACUUUGCCAGUUUCUGAGAAAAUGGCAUCCCUGGAAAGCUUUCAAAAGGAGUUCAUGUUUUGCAUGCUUAACUCUCCUGGGUUUGGCAAUGUGUGA